AUGCCGCGCCUCUACUUGCGCAUGCCCAAGUCGAUGGUGACCAAGUAUGUCACCUCGUUCCUUGGGUUCAUGGACAUUAAGGUGGGCUGCCAAAUUAUAUCGCUGUUUUCCCUGUUCAACAAGAUUGCCGGUGUCUAUGGUAUCAUGGCCAUGUUCCAAGGUGGCUCAUUUUCUCAAUUGUCUCUGUACAUAUACUCGAUCGCUACGAUCCCCAUUUUUAUCUGGGGCCUUAAAGUCAUGAGUGAUGAAAAGCAUCAGGCGGCACUAAAAUACGCGCAUCUGUACUUUUUGGACCAUCUCAUUUCUACGGGCUGGAUGGUGCUCUUUGGCUUUUGGUGGUAUGGCUUUGCCCAACACGACGGCCGUCCUAUUUCCAACUCAAGUCAUCAGGCCGAUAUCAUGAGUCUCAUCGAGUCGCUCGAGUCACAUUAUCGCACGCCUGAGCAGAUGGCGCAGUUUCAUCACAGCACGAUUGACGUCAACACUCCUGAAGGCGCUUCUGAAGCCAUGCUACGAGCUCAGCGCGCACGACAAAUCUGGCAAGCAGAACGUGGAUUUGCUGCCUGCGUGCUGAUUCUAGGCUGGGCUGUCAAAAUCUAUUUUGCAGUUCUUCUCUACGCAUACGCACUGCACUUGCGACACGGGACGUACUGGAUGCUGCCCUUGUCCAAGUCACGACGCGCGAAUGCUGUACAUGCCUCUGCCUACCAAACAGUACCGAACGAGAACGACGAGGUUGCGCUACCUACAGAACAAGGUGAUGAAUCCAAAACUCGAUCCUAA